AUGAGUUCAAGGUCGCUUUCACCUUCGAAAUCCAAUGAGGUGGCUUCCAGUACUCCAUCGAUAAGAGACUGUGUCACGUUGGACUCUUUAGACGCGCGUAUCUUGCAAUAUAGAUACGGAACUCAGAAAAUACUCAAGGUUUUAGAGAACGUCAAGUCGAUGAUUAAAAAGUGCUCACAAGACAACCAGAUUCCAUUCACUAAGUACAUUAUCCUGCUCAAUGGAUCCAUCUUCAACGUCAACGAUAAUAUCUACAGGAGGUCCGAGAUUCUCAUCAACGGUAAUAAAUUUAAUCCCGCGCAAUCCAUAGACCCUACCACGAACACAAACGCGGUCAAUUUCGACUGUAUGGACAACUCAACAAACUAUGACACCACCAAACUGAAACUCCCCACCUACAAAGAAAGUACAGAUAUUCUGAAGCUGUUGGAACUAUUGCUGUUCAACACUUUUGAGAUCUACAACCAAAAAUGGAAAACCGCAAUGAAAGAGAGAUCUAUGCAGGAAUCUAAACGAGAUAAACCGUUCCUCACUCUCGAAGAUAUCGUUGACUUGCUCCAAUUCGCUGAGUUGGAGUCAAUAGAAAAUAUGACCGAACCUUCCCUGCAAGAUCCGGGACCAGACACCUCGGUGGAGGCCCAUUUACGUUCGUUAGAUCUCAAGAGUCUGAAUGUCAACAUCACCAAUUUCGAGAAAGCUUUGGACCAGAUUGCGGAGGAGGUCGACAAACUUGGUCAGUACAAAGUCAAGGACAAUCUCCUUUCAUCCCCUCAUUACAAGUUCGUUCUUCCCAGAGCGUUUUUGCUGUUGCUGCACCUUGCUGAUUUCUAUGGAGUUGUGAGGAAAUUCGGAAAAAUGAUUUACCAUAACAACAGUUUCUACUUCGAUAAUUAUACCAGGACGAAUGAUUCUUUGCGCACAGUUCUUCGGAAUUUGAACGUUUACUUCAACCAAGCCAAAAAAAACAGUUUGUUGCUCUCGUUGAUAGCAAAGAUCACAAGAAAUGGAAGCGUGAUGACAGUCAGACCAGAUAACAUUAAUGAGCUCCACAGAGUCUGUGACGACUCGCUGAGCUUGCUGAAAACCAUGCUUCUGGUACUGAAGAGAUUUCAAGCUGAAUGGCAGGCAAUUAUAGACUCCAAUCGUUCCAACGAGUAUGACAAGGUUCAACUGAGACUCAAGUUGAAGCAGCAGGCCAUCAAAGAGCGCAACGAUCUGAAACGAAGAUCCACGGUCAACACAUCCCAACUGACGCGGAAUCUUGAGGCAUUGUACGUUGAUCCCGAAAAGGACAAGCUUGAAAAGGAGAAACAAUCAAAAUUACAAAAGGAGCUAUUUGACGAAGCAAAAGAAGCACGUCUUCUCAAAGAGGUAGAGCAGAAAGAGCUUGAGAUCCAGAGAGCAGAGGAAAUGCAACAAAAAGUUGGUGAUCGAGAAAAACAGCUCCGUGAUGAGCUGAGAUCAAAUGGCUCGUCUCCAAACUCUCUGUCUCGUCAAUCGUCGGUUUCUCGAUCGAGAUCCUCUAGUAAUCAGAGCAAUCAGGAUGAUGGGUCUCUGAGACGUACAAAAUCAACGUCCAGUCGGCGCAACUCUCUGCUUGUUACGCCAGAGCCCCAGCGCGUGAUUCAAGUCGAUAGUGAGUCAAGGUCUGACACCUCGUCGCCUGUCAACUCUUUUACAAGUCCUACUCCAACAUCGGCUCUUGCAGGGGCAACUGCUUCCUUGAGGCCUCUUUUCCGCCACCAACAGAGCCCGGUUCAUCCUUCCCAGAGCCCGCCUGUCAACCAGAACGCAAAAGCUGCUGCUUUGGCAUCGCGUAAAGCAGUUCAGCAACCAUUGACUGCCCAGCAGAGACUACAACAACACAUCUUCAAGUCUUCGCAAAGUGGUCAAACAAUUGUUAAGAAAUUGGAGCCAAGAGUCAUAUCGAAACCGAUAUAUGCUACUUCGUCUGCUACCACGUCCUCAAACUCUGUCCUCGAGGUUCCAAAGUUGGCUUCUCCAUCGGAUAGCCGAACCAGCUCGAUACAGAGCGAGUCUGAGUUCCCAACCAGUCCGCUUAACUCGCUGAAACAGUCUUCUCUUCCAGAAUUCCAGCUGCAAACCAACCGGUCCCGGUCUGGAUCUCUUCAAGGUGAGCAAGCCCAGACCAGUUCCUACGUUACCCCUGCAUUCCGCGCGUCUCCUUCUGCUAGUGCUUCGCGCAGCAGAUCGGGAAGCUUGUCACAGCGUUCGGUGGAAGCUAUUCCUGAAGACGACGAGAAAACGAAGACUUCUGAUGCUGAUACUACGUUGACUGGAGGCGAGAACUCUCCUGUGAAGAUCAGGUCGAGAGCAUCUUCGACGCGCCAGAAUGGACCUCCGCGGUACGCAGGAAAUAUUCUUGUUGUUCCGGAAGACGCAGAGCCCCAGUACGAUGCUGACGGAGAGCUGAUCAAGAAAGUCCGAUUCACAGGAGUGGCAGAGUACUCAGAAGACGAAGACGCUCCCACCCCACAGCAGAUGCAGAAACAAAUGAGACAGAAAUGGUCGUCAUACAAACCGCUUUUCCGAAACAGAACCAAACAGCUCAACUCUCAGGAAGGAAUGGCAUUCAGAAAAUUCCAGGGCUCUUUAGCGGGAGCCGAGUUUGAAGGAUUCAAUAAGGUCAACUCGAACGCGAUUCCUGUUGAUGCAAACGGAAAGUUCUCUAUGAUGAGUGUGAUCAACAGUCCCGAAUCUGCUGGUGGCCCCAAAAAGCUGACCAAACUAUUUAAAAGACGUUAA